CCGGCAGACUUCCAAGCAAUCGCCCAGCAAUUCGUCGAGUUCUACUACAAGACCUUCGACACGGAUCGCACACAGUUGGCAGCCCUCUACAGAGACAAGUCCAUGCUUACCUUCGAGAAAGACCAGUUCAUGGGGACACAGCCUAUUCUUGAAAAGCUGACGAAUCUACCAUUCCAAAAAGUCCUACAUCGGGUCGACACGACGGAUGCGCAGCCGUCCAACGAGCAAGGAGGCAUCUUGGUCAUGGUAACUGGUGCAUUGCUGGUCGAUGAUCAACAACACCCGAUGAGCUACGUCCAGACCUUCAACCUGCAGCCCGAGGCCGGCAGUUACUUCGUGUUCAACGACGUCUUUAGAUGUAGGUGGAAUCGGAAA